AGGCCUUUCAUCCCAUCUGACACGGACGAGCUUUGGGUAAAUUCGUCAAUUGAACUACUCUACUUCUCUUCGUGCCGUUUCAAUUCGACACUAUCAUCGCCUCGCCAUUUCCCUUAGCAUCUUCCACGUGUUCUCACCAACUCCUGAAUCAAGAUGGCUGCCGAACGCCUUGGGUCGAUCUUGAAGCACCUCACGCCAGGCACUGCUCUGUCUCAAAUUACGUCCAAAAAUGCCGACGACAUCGUGAUUACCCUCGCCGUCCGAACGCCGCUCUGCAAGGCAAAGAAGGGUGGAUUCAAAGACACGGAGCUGGAAUACAUGAUCUUUGCCCUUCUCCAGCAAGUAAAAGAGCGCAUGGGAUUUGAUCCGGCUCUGGUUGAGGACUUCUGUCUGGGAAAUGUCUCCGAUGGCAAAGCCGCCUACAAAGUCCGCGCCGCUGCCCUUGCAGCCGGCUUCCCCAACACCGCCGGCGCCUCCUCCGUGAACCGGUUCUGUAGCUCCGGCCUCAAAGCCACCGCCGAUAUCGCACACUCCAUCACGUGUGGCUCAAUCGAAGUGGGCAUCGCUUUGGGCGCCGAAUCGAUGAGUAUCGGGGGCGACGCGCUCGAUAAGCCCUUCGACGAGGACAUGACCAGCCACAGCCAGGAGGCGCGCGACGCCAUGAUGGCCAUGGGGUGGACGAGCGAGAAUGUGGGUAAGGACUUUGGGCUCACGCGCGAACAGGUCGACACCUAUGCCGCUGAGAGCUUCCGAAGAGCCGAGGAGGCGCAGAAGAAGGGGUUGUUUGAUGAUGAGAUUGUGCCGAUCACGACGAAGGUUAAGGGAGCCGAUGGGGAGGUCAAAAAGGUUACGCUCACGAGAGAUGAGGGCAUUCGGCCGGGGACUACAGCCGAGGGGCUGAUGAAAAUUCGGACGGCAUUCCCGGAGUGGGGCCCGAUUACUACGGGUGGCAAUGCUAGUCAGGUAACGGAUGGAGCGGCGGCGGUGGUGUUGAUGAAGCGGUCGACGGCGAUCAAGCUUGGUGUGCCUGUUGUGGCCAAGUACGUUGGCUCGACGGUUGCUGGUCUGGCGCCCCGUAUCAUGGGCAUUGGCCCCACGGUGGCUAUUCCCAAGCUUCUGUCGCAGUUCAGCUUGAACAUCAACGACUGCGACGUCAUUGAGAUCAACGAGGCCUUCGGCACCAUGGCUGUCUACUGCAGAGACAAGCUGGGACUCGACUGGAAGAAGAUGAACCCGCGUGGAGGUGCUAUUGCUCUGGGUCACCCUCUCGGUGCGACUGGUGCCCGACAGAUUGUCACUGGGCUAAGCGAGUGCAGGAGGACCAGCAAGAAGAUCCUGCUUACUAGUAUGUGCAUUGGUACGGGUAUGGGCAUGGCUGGUCUGUUUGUAAAUGAGCAAUGAUUAAGUACAUCAUGUAAAUAAUAUGAUCCAAGCGCGCUAAUUUUGCUGUUUGGGAUGCAUUAUGCCAGGUUCUUACUGCUUCCGACAUGGCCAUGCAUGCCAGUCAAUUCUUGAUGACUAGCCUCGGAAACAUGUGCUUUGGCACUAGCGCUGGUCCAAUGAACUACUGUACCACACCCAAUGCCAGGACGACAAUCAUCAAUUCGAUGCCUCCUAUGCGCCAGGCCAAUAUGCCGCAUCUCCUCGUGCCUGGGCAUGAUCGGCACAAGUUUGCUGGGUGGCGCUACUGAGGGGGACCACCGCUUUCAGCAUCGUUAAUCACUUGACACUGAAAUUAC